UCCACGUGCGUUUGUUUUGAUUUUUUCGAAACUUUUCUGGUUUCACAAAACGGAUAAAAAAAUAAGAAAAUGUGUGAGGAAAAUAUAAAAUUUGGAGAUUAUAUUAUCAUUCAGAGACAGAAAUAUUCAAAACUUUACAAAUUCACGGAGAAAACAGCCUCAGUGACGUUGGGAAAGCAGAAAAUUGACUUGUCCACCAUCGAAGGGCAUCCCUACUAUGCCACAUUCCGGAUGGUACCCCAAAGUGGGGAUAAAACAUUCAAGCUGGAGCACUGCAUCAAUCCGCAGGAUAUCAAGGAAGCCAUUGCCAUUGAUAAGAGUGGCAAGGAUAAUCGUGAUAUCUUCGAUGAUGGACGUUCUCAGGGACUAACGGAGGAGGAGAUAAAGAAUCUCAGGGAUACCUGUGAAACAUCCACGGAGAUUGUUGAGCAUCUUGUGGACAAUUCCAAGACAUUUGCUUCAAAAACUGAAUAUGCCCAGGAGAAGUACUUGCGUCGCAAGGAGAAAAAGUACUAUGAGUACGUGCAGAUUAGGAAGCCAACACUGAGGUUAAUCUUCGACAUCUACUUCCGGAAGGAUCCGGAGAAGUUACUCAACAUGCGCAUGGAUACCCUUUCGCAGAUUAUUUCGUAUUCUGGUGUGUGCAGCAGUGGGAAGUAUUUGGUGUAUGAAUCCGGGACAAAUGGAAUUUGCCUGGCAGCUUUUCUCAAUGCAACAGGUGAUUGUGGGGAUGCUCAUGUUGUCUCCGUUCAUCCUGGGAACUUUCCCAAUAAGCAAGCUGUGAUGGCAAUGAAUUUCCCACCGUCUUAUGAGGAAAAAUUCACAACGGUGAACCUUUAUUCUGUACUACGGCAUUACUAUCAGAAAGAUCCUGCGGCGAAGGAGAUUGCUGCAGAGCAGGAUACAACAGCAGAUGAUGAAGGAAAAGAGAUGGCUCCAACGAAUAAUGUUGAAGAACCUCUCCCCAAGAAACGAAAGGUUGAGGCAGAGGAGAAAAAACAAUGGCAAUUAGAUAAUGCUAAAGCUUGUUCAAUUAUAAGGAAUAAAGUUGAUUCCUUGACGAUUGUCGCGAAGGAGCAUCCAACAACAAUUUUCAGAGAACUCGUACAUUUCGUUCGUCCAGGAAGACCCUUCAUCAUCUACAGUCCAUACAGAGAGAUUCUCAUUGAAUGUUUCAAUGACCUGAAGGGAACUCCGUCGGUUCUGGGACUCAGGAUCUACUCCAAUGUCCUGCGUAUGUAUCAAGUUUUAACGGAUCGUACGCAUCCGGAUAUGAUGAUGAGUGGGAAUUCAGGAUUCCUCCUUUGUGGGUACACAAUAAAUAGAGAUGGAGAAUAGAAAUAUAUUUUUCAUGAGAUUUUU